GGCGCAGCAUCCGGGUGCAGACGUGGCAGACAACGGCGGAGCUUCCGGUGUGCGUGUGUCCGCGAAGGAGAAACCGAGGUAGGGAUUAUCAGUGAUCUCACUCUGGGUCGAGUGGAACCUAGGAAAACAAAUUCGGCUUGAUAAAACUAGAUACAUCCCGAAGCCGAGCCACGACGAGGGACAGCGCAGUCUGCUGGGCUUGUUAGCCACGCCAUUGAACCCGCUGGAGGGAUGAACUGAGAAUGAAUGUAAACCAGCAAGCACCCAUGGCCUCUCCGUACGGACAGCCACAGCCUGGCUACCAGGGGUACCCCCAGCCUGCCUACGGGGGACAACAGGUGGCCCCAGGCCCCCCCUCUCAGUAUGCGCCCUACAAUGGACCCAAUCCUGGAUACCAUCAAGGACCCCUGCCACAAGGAUAUUCUCCUUAUUCAGGCUUUUCCUCUAAGGCUCUUCCUGCUGCUCUAGUUUCUGACCUGUCUGCCUCCUCCUGUCCUCUUGAUUUAGGUCCAAUGCGGCCGCCCCCUACCUCAGGGGCACCCCCAGUCUCCGCCCCCCAGACCUAUAACCAGUAUGGGCCAGGGGAGGUGCAGAACGGACCCCCCACCGUGACCAGCCAGUCACAAAGGCCGCCAGUUUCCCAGCCGUAUGUCCCAGGUGCAGCGCCACCUGCUGGUACGCAGCCACCAUACCACCAGCAGUAUGGAGCUCCACCCACAAGCGCACAGCAGGUGGCCAAUCAGAUGGCAAGCAUGCACAUCAGCUCCCCGGCUGGCCCAGGUUAUGUUGCGCCAUCCUCUCAGGCUCAGACCUCUGCUGCUUUCACAUCCCCUGCACCACCCUCUUUCCCACUGCACUCUGCCCCCACCUCACAACCCGCUCAGCCUCCUUUCUCUGCAGCGCCCCCUCUUUCUCAGCAGGCCUACCAAGGAGCUCCUUCGCAGCCUCCUUUUACUAGUGCUCCCCAUUCGUCUCAGGCCCAGUUCUCCUCGGGUCCCCCGGCCUCCCAGCCCCGCUUCUCUGGAGCCCCCCAGACGCCCUCUCAGCCUCCCUACACUGGUGCCCCAGCUCCUCAGCCUUCUGUGUCCCAGCACUCCCCCUUCCACUCCGCCCCCUCUCCCGCCAGCGGCUUCCCACCCCCUGGAGGUGCCCCCAGACCUCCGGGGAUGCAGGGGCCACCCCCUCUUCGCCAGCCUAUGUCAGGACCCCCGUUGUCACAGGCCAAUCACAUGUCUUCAGGCUCUACACCACCAAACAUGGCUGGGAUGCCCCCUGGCCCCCCUCAGCAGCCCCUUGGCCUGCAGGGGCCCCCUCAACAGCCAGGCCUACAGGGGCCCCCUCAACAGCCAGGCCUGCAGGGCUACCAGCCCCAACAGAACGGUGCUUUCGGGCAGAUGAGGGGACCCCAGCCUGGCUAUCCAGGUUCCUAUCCAGGUCAGCAGAAUUUUGGGACUCAGCCUGCACCCCCUCCAGGGCCACCGCAGAAGCGCCUGGAUCCAGACUCCAUUCCUAGUCCGCAAACCACUGAGCUGCCUCCCGUGCAGAAAACGAGGCAUAGAAUAGACCCAGACGCAAUUCCCAGUCCAAUCCAGGUCAUUGAAGACGACAAGGCUAACAGGAGCAGUGAGUCGUUUACAACUGGGGUGAAAGGUCAGGCACCUCCACUUGUCACAACCAGCUUCCAGGUUAAAGAUCAAGGGAAUGCCAGCCCCCGCUAUAUCCGGUGCACAGCCUACAACAUGCCCUGCACUUCAGACAUGGCUAAACAGUCUCAGGUGCCUCUGGCUGCAGUCAUCAAGCCGCUGGCUACGUUACCAGCUGACGAGGUUCCUCCAUAUGUCGUCGAGCAUGGCGAAGGCGGGCCCAUCCGCUGUAACCGGUGUAAAGCCUACAUGUGUCCCUACAUGCAGUUCAUCGAGGGCGGCCGGCGCUUCCAGUGCGGCUUCUGCAGCUGUGUGACAGAGGUGCCUCCCCAGUAUUUCCAGCACCUGGACCACACUGGGAAGCGGGUGGACUGCUACGACAGGCCAGAGCUGUCCAUGGGCACCUAUGAGUUCUUGGCCACAGUAGACUACUGUAAGAACAACAAGGUCCCAAAGCCCCCUGCCUUCAUCUUCCUGAUUGAUGUCUCGUACAACGCUGUGAAGAGUGGCCUGGUCAGCCUUGUCUGUGAGGAGCUGAAGACCCUGUUGGACUACCUGCCCAGAGAGAAUCCAGAAGAGGACUCCCACAUCAGAGUGGGCUUUGUCACCUACAACAAGGUGCUGCACUUCUACAAUGUGAAGAGCUCACUAGCUCAGCCCCAGAUGAUGGUGGUGUCUGAUGUGAGCGACAUGUUCGUCCCCCUGCUAGAUGGCUUCCUGGUUAAUGUCAGUGAGUCCAGGACAGUAAUAAACAGUUUGCUGGACCAGAUUCCUGAAAUGUUUGCUGACACACGGGAAACGGAGACUGUGUUUGGACCAGUGAUCCAGGCCGGUUUAGAGGCACUGAAGGCAGCAGACUGUGCUGGGAAGCUCUUUAUUUUUCAUUCCUCUCUCCCCAUUGCUGAGGCUCCUGGAAAACUGAAGAACAGGGAGGACAAAAAGCUUAUUGGCACGGACAAAGAGAAGACCCUGUUCCAGCCCCAGACCAGUUUUUACGGUAACCUAGCGAAGGAUUGUGUGGCGCAGGGCUGCUGCGUGGAUCUCUUUCUCUUCCCGAACCAAUAUGUGGACGUUGCCACCCUUGGCGUGGUGCCCUUCCAGACUGGUGGCUCCAUCUACAAGUACACCUACUUCCAGGUGCCAACAGAUGGGGAGCGCUUCCUGAAUGACCUUCGCAGAGACGUCCAGAAGCAAGUUGGGUUUGACGCUGUCAUGAGAGUCCGGACAAGCACAGGGAUCCGCGCCACAGACUUCUUUGGGGCGUUCUACAUGAGCAACACCACGGACGUGGAGCUGGCCGGGCUGGACUGCGACAAGACCGUGACUGUGGAGUUCAAGCACGACGACAAGCUGAGCGAGGAGACCGGGGCCCUGAUGCAGUGUGCAGUGCUAUAUACCAGCUGCAGCGGGAAGAGGCGGCUCAGGGUGCACAACCUCGCUGUCAACUGCUGCACCCAGCUGGCCGACUUGUACCGGAACUGUGAGACCGAUGCCCUCAUCAACUGCUUCGCCAAGCAUGCCUACCGCAGUGUCCUGAGCAACCCCACCAAGACCGUGAGAGAGAGCCUAAUCAACCAGUGUGCACAGAUCCUGGCCUGCUACCGCAAGAACUGCGCCAGCCCCUCGUCUGCAGGACAGCUGAUCCUGCCUGAGUGCAUGAAGCUGCUCCCAGUCUACCUGAACUGUGUGCUGAAGAGUGACAUCCUACAGCCCGGGGCUGAUGUCUCCCUUGAUGACCGGGCCUACCUGCGCCAGCUCAUCUCUUCCAUGGACGUGGCAGACAGCCAUGUGUUCUUCUACCCACGGCUGCUGCCUCUGCAGAAGCUGGAUGUGGAAAGCGAUGCACUGCCAGUGGCCGUGCGGGACUCCGAGGAGCGGCUGUCCAAGGGCGGGGUGUACCUGCUGGAGAACGGGCUGAACCUCUUUCUGUGGGUGGGGGCCAACGUGCAGCAGGAGCUUCUCCAGAACAUCUUCGGCACACCUGCCUUUGGACAGAUAGACCCCACCAUGACAAACCUGCCUGUGCUGGAUAACCCUUACUCCAGGAAGCUGCGAGGCAUGAUCGACACCUUCAGAGCCCAGCGGCCGCGGUACAUGAAGCUGAUGGUGAUCAAACAGGAGGACAAGCUGGAGCUGAUCUUCAGGCACUUCCUGGUGGAGGACAAGAGUAGCAACGGUGGGGCGUCCUACGUGGACUUCCUGUGCCACAUGCACAAGGAGAUUCGCCAGCUGCUGAGCUAGGAGAAGGGUCACGCCCCCUGCCUCCUCCAAUCACAGACUCGCUUCUUUUAAUUGACAGAAGAAACAAGUGGAAACCAACCUCUCCAACCAAAUUGUCUCUUUCCCUUCUUCUCCCUUCUUCUGCAUCUAAUCCUACAAGUUAAAAAAGAGGCUGAUAAGUUGCACUGUCAAAUCGCUUACCCCUACAGGGUUAAGCUUCAUUUCUUAAUUAAUCCAACCAUUCUGAUGUGUGGGACUGCCUGUGUCGUGUCUGAUCAGUCACAUGUGACAGGGACUGACGCUGAUUGUAGAGUGUUCUGUUUGAAGACACUAGCACUGAAUGAUUUCUUGGUGGGAAACACUGGUUCUGCGAUUGCGAAGCUACAUUUUGUAAGAGGCAAAUCUACGCUCGACGGAAAAAAAUGGGAAAGUUACGAUCUUGCAGAAAGAAAAAAAAAAACUACAUAAAAUAAAAUUCUGGUUUUCAUCCGGAGAUUUAUUUUUCUAUUCUGCCUCUGGCUUUCUCUGCAACGGCCUUUCUCAUCCCAUCAUGGUUAUUAACUUCCUGUAUCUUUAGAGCGUGUCAUUUUCAUUCCUCUGGGAGUUUUUAUUUUCUUUUAAAUUUUGGGACAAAAGAGUGCUGCCAUCUCACUGAUGGCUUUCCCUCAGUGUAAAAGGACGGUUAAUCAUCACUUUCCAGGGAUGUUUGAAAUGGGGAUGAUAAGAAGAGUGCGAGUGGCCAGUCAGUUAUGUGCCUGAGGCUUAGGGUAGCCCAGCGUCUGGAUUCUGUCAGGACCCGUGAGUCAGUGUGCAGGGUGACCCUCUCUGGGUAGUCGGUCUAUCGGAUAUCUCAGUGACUAAUUUAAUUCUCAAUGAUCACAGCGCUGGUUGUGUGAGAUCCUUGCAGUGAAAAAGAUUUAAAGAUCUUGAUAGAUGACUUCUCCAGCUUUGUAGGAUCUGUUUGUCAUUUUCACACUUGAGAAUGACAACAGGGUUAUGACAGCAGCUAUUCCAGGCCCCGGAAGAGACUGAAUUAGUGCUCAUUCUGUGGUGUUUGCAAGUAUCCCUUCACUGAACAGAAGGAAGCCCCCACUUUUUCAGCUUUAUUACAGCUUACUGCAUUGUUUGGGUUUACAGAUUAGAAAUAAAGCGGAUGAGAACAUUCUGCUAAAUGUACAUUAUUGUUUUGAGUUGCCGUAAAGUGGUCACGCUGUUUAUUCCUGUGUUCCUCCAUGCCAGGCCCACUGCUGUGCUUCUGAACUCUUCCUCUGCUUUCUGGUAAAGUGAAUACUGUUUGUCAUUGAAAAUCAAGCGUCUCUCCUGUAUAUCAGUACAGUGAAGUAAACAAAUGCCCCUAUAUGCGUAGUGAAGAGAAGUGGUACAGUAUGUAUCGCUGUCUAGACUCAGCCCCCCUGCUGUCCCGGGAAGAGAUGGUGAGGUUAGGGAACCCUGUGCAAUAAUGCACAACACACAGCGUUCCAUCCUUCUAGUCAAGCAGAGUACCUUGCCCCCCUACUCUUGUGCCGGAAGAUCAGCCUGUUUUCCUACAGCAAAGGAGCUAACCAGCACAAAUUUGGUGACUGAUCCUGGUGAAUUUCUGUACAGAAACUGAGGGUUCAGGGACUUGGAGACCGAAUGCUGCACUAUUAUGUAGUGAUCGCUCCCUUUUGUGUAGCUGCCCAUGCUGUUGCAGCUGGAAUGUGCUUUUUAAACAUGAAUGACUACUUGCAGAUUAAACAUGUGGUUUUUGCACUGCAAGUGAACUAAUUUUGGACAGUUAAGAGUAGAUUUGCACAUCUAUGUCAUUGGUAGUGUUUACCACACAAACCAUCAAGACCUCUUCAAACUGAAGCCACUUUUUUUCUCUGUUAAACGAGUUAGUCUGUAUGCUAUAAGAAACCAUCUUGUAAAAGAAUAUUUGGUUUGAAGAUUAAGAACAUCUGUAGGGCUCUCUGUAUUGAUUACUUCAGAUGUGUAAAGUUAAUAUUGUGGUUUUAAAAUGGUGUUGAGAAAAAUUGCAGGCUAAUUUCAACAAGCAUUCCUUCUGAAAUCUGCAUGCUUCAAACAGUGAAAAUGAGAAAACUCACCCCAAGAUUGUUUCUCCCUGGUCUUCUUGUUUACUUGUGACAUUGAUACAUUUCAGAUAAGCAGUUGUCAAAUCCUUCAACCAUGUCCCCAUACUGAGGAAUCAUGUGCAAGUCUGUCCUGUAACAGCCAAAAUCCCCCAACUUUUUGCUUUGUGCUGAAAUAAAGUAUUACUUUUCAAAGCAA